AUGAUGAGGGUGCUUCCAGUACUGACUGCUACCGUACUCCUUCUCACUUUUAUUUCCACUCAAGACCUGCCCGGUGAGUCAGUCGGCCGCCACACUACUACAGUAAUCCCAUUUGAGUUGAGUUGCGCGUCCUAAUGUGUGUGGCCUAACUUUCUCGGUUCAGCUUUCCUAGGCCAUUCUGUUUGCUCUUACUUGAUUUUUCUAGGCCACCACCCCGCCGCCUGGCCACGUUUCCAGAUAAUAGGCAACCGGUUAGAGACCACCGAGAAAUGGCAUAGAUUCGGAGUCGUAGGUACUGUAGACGUGGACUACAGUACCCCCUCUCCCGAUUUUCGAGUCGAAUCAAUAUUUCAGCCGAAACGCGACAAUACGCGUGCGCGAGAAACUCGCCAAAAAGUUCGAAAUCCGAGUGCGAGUUGCGGUUCGGCGAAGGUUUGUCGGCCGUCAACGACAACGGAUGUUUCAUGCAUCACGACGCCGUCCGACACGAAUCCGUCGAAUUGUGUCCGCUGCAGUGCCAGCGAUUCGACGAGGCGCGCAUUUUGAAGGUACGCGAGGUGUCAAAACGGAGAUUCCGAGCACGUUUUCGCACUUUUCAGACGUCCGACUCGCUGAUCUGCUCUCCGGGCGUCGGCGUCGGUGUGGAACGUCGGCACAGCGACUGGUUCAUGUGGAGAAGUGGCGCUUGCCGUUCCGCCGACGUCAUCUUCCAGUUCGAGUGCUCCACGGCUCCUCCGUAAGCGCCAGAAAUGAGCGGAAGAACACGGAAGAACACGGAAAAAUGUUUAUCUUUUUUAGAAAAUUUUUUCAUGGAAUGUGAUCAACUGACGAAAUGUAGAGCAAAGUGAACUCUGCCUAUAGAAAAAUAAUUGUAAAUUUCGCUUUUCAUACAAAAAAGUUAUUCGAGUUUUUGCGUGAAAAAAGGGACAACGGAACAACUCGGAUAACUUAUUUUGUAUAAAAAGCGAAAUUUACAAUUAUUUUUCUAUGAGCAGAGUUCACUUUGCUAUACAUUUCGUGAGUUGAUCACAUUUCAUGAAAAAAUUUUCUAAAAAAGAUAAAAAUUCUUCCGUGAGUUCUUCCGCUCAACUCUGGUAAGCACCAAAUUGUGAGAAGUCGGAGCAAUCUAGAUGCAAGAGCUUUCAGACAAAGAACGGAAGAAGAAGAGAGAGAAGAAGUGGGAGGGGAGGAAAUGUUGGCGGACAAUAUCAAUGCGCAGACGGUCGAACAACUCGUCGACAACGGGCCCACUGACAAUGCGAUCGCCGACGAGGAAAUGGGGUAUGGUCAACUUUGAAUGGAUAUUGUAGAGUUCCGAGAUGAGUUAGGAGUCUCAAAAAUUUUUGGGGAAUAGUUGAAGACUAGUACUCUAUUUUUGUAGUUGAUAACAUUUUUGUAGGACCACUCCCUGGGGUACUGUAGCUCUUGGAAGUUAGGACUAACCACAGGCCAUGAUUUUCACGCCCAACUUCCAAGCGCUACAGUACCCCAGGCAGUGAAUGUACAAAAACAAUGUCAACUACAAAAUUAAAGUACUAGUCUGGAACUACUUCCAAAAAAUUUUCUAGACCGCUACCGCAGUUUCUAAGCUCACAAUAUUCAAUGAAAGUUGCCCAAUUUUCGUUUCCAAGCGAUGGCCUAGAAUCCCAACUCUUCCAGCAUUUCCUCUUCCAUCGAAGACAUCACCUCGCUGAGCCGAGAGGCCACAACUACCGUAAUCCCGGCGAAAAAACCAGAAACUGGCGAAAACGAAGACGAUCUUCCGGAAAAAGUGGAUACAUUGCUCGGAUUCAUGUUCCCCUCCUAUCGUAAAAAGGCUCAUUAG